CGUCGUCUGCCAGAGUCGCUCGCGGGCUCAGACGCCUCAGCUCUCUCAGCCGGGAUGGAGCCGUCGCAGUCGCAGCCGCUGCCGCUGCUGUUGCUGUACCUCGCCGUGACCUGCGCGUCUGCCGCCGCUGCCGAGGGCGGGGAGUCGCGGCUGCGGUACGACUCGUGCUACGGCUGCAUCUGCGAGGCGGCGUCGCGGUGCAACCGCUCGCUGGGCUGCGACGACGGCGCCUGCGGACUGUUCCGCAUCACUCGCCACUACUGGCUGGACGCCGGCGCGCCCACGCUGCCGGCCGACGCGCGGCUCCUCAACGAUGCUUUCGAGCGAUGUGCAACGGAUCCGUUCUGCGCCUUACGAACGGCGCACCACUACAUGGAGCGGUAUCGCAAGGACUGCAACGGCAACCAGCAAGUGGACUGCCACGACCUGGCGCUGCUGCACUUCCUGGGCCCCAGCUGCGAGGGGACGAUGCCCUCCGCCUACACGGACGAGUUCGAUAACUGCCGCUUCAACGCGCUGCUGCUGGGCGCCGGCGACAUCUGACCAUCAAAACCACCCCCACCCCUACUCCUUGUAACAUAGUAUUGUAUUUAUGGAGACACAGCUCAUUAAACUAUUCUGUGCACAAUCUCCUGUAUGCGCUGUUUGUUCCGUAGAACAGAUCCUCGAAGGUAUGGGACACGGCAGGAAAACAAAAGUACGUAAGACAUAUUUACAAAAUAGCUAAUAUGCUAAUGUUCUUUCCACACAUCCCUAAGUGAGACGUUCGUCA